UUUCGGAUCGUACCCACGCUCGCCGCCCAUCGGAGUUUGUCUUUCCUCCUUUCAAGGUAUAGAUUCAAUAUUUUCGCGUAGUUCUGAAUUUUUUUCGCCGUUCCCCCCCUGAUGAUCUGAAUUUUGUUCGCCGUUGGAGUUGUGGACGUUCUAGAUACGAUUUACAAGCUAAGAUGUUUGGAGGUAGAGCCUUCCACCGGUUACUUAGAGAGAAACUUCAGUCACAAAGCAGUUCAUCGUCGUUUUUGUCAUCUCUUAUUUCCAAGAAAGGGCAUGAAGGUCUUGGAUCUGGCACUUCAAAUUCCUUGAGGUCAUUGGCCAUAGUUGGAGCUGGUGUAUCAGGGCUGUUGAGCUUUGCUACAAUCUCAUCCUGUGAUGAGGCUGAACAUGGUCUGGAAGUCCCAAGCUAUCCUUGGCCUCAUAACGGCAUUCUAGGAUCCUAUGACCAUGCUUCGAUUCGGCGUGGUCAUCAAGUUUAUCAACAAGUGUGUGCUUCCUGCCAUUCCAUGUCUUUGGUUUCAUAUCGUGAUUUGGUGGGCGUCGCCUACACAGAGGCAGAGACUAAGGCUAUGGCUGCUGAGAUUGAGGUCGUUGAUGGCCCAAAUGAUGAAGGGGAAAUGUUUACUCGUCCUGGGAAACUGAGCGAUCGUUUUCCUGAGCCAUAUUCAAAUGAACAAGCAGCUAGAUUUGCAAAUGGUGGGGCUUAUCCUCCAGAUCUAAGUCUCAUCACAAAAGCUCGUCACAAUGGCCAAAAUUAUGUAUUCGGCCUUUUAACCGGGUACCGUGAUCCUCCAGCUGGCGUUUCAAUCCGUGAAGGGUUGCAUUAUAAUCCCUACUUCCCGGGAGGUGCUAUAGCCAUGCCUAAAAUGCUCAACGACGGAGCUGUUGAGUAUGAAGAUGGUACCCCUGCCACCGAGGCUCAGAUGGGGAAGGAUGUGGUAUCCUUCCUGUCAUGGGCUGCAGAACCUGAAAUGGAAGAGAGAAAACUGAUGGGAUUCAAGUGGAUCCUUCUGCUGUCAUUGGCUCUCCUUCAAGCCGGAUACUACCGGCGCCUCAAGUGGUCGGUUCUUAAGUCCCGGAAGCUGGUCAUCGACCCCAUCAAUUAGUCUGUCUAUGUUUUGCUUGCAUAUCAAAGAUCGAUCGAUCGAUCUCAAGCCUGCUGCUGCUGCUGCUGCAAAUAAUGAAUUUUGUUCCAUUCACUUACAGACAAAGAAAGAAACAGGUGUGCCAUUCAUUCCCUUCCUUUUUUACAAUUUGAUAAAGAAGGAAUAAAUAAAUACUGUAGUUGUUGAGGGCAGAGAUUUUCUUGAUUUGGCUUCUCUGCCUAUUGAUUUUUUGUUUUUAUUUUUAUUUUUACUCCAUGGAACGUGGAAUAUAUCUUCUACUAUAAUUUAUGUUGUUUUGGUUCCCUUUAA